AGGAUGACAAGAACUCACGAAAUGGUCCCUAUUUUUUUCUCUUUCGCUGUAAAUCAUUGAACAUCAUGCGGGCUCUUAUGGUGCUUAAAAAUAUUUACACAACUUCAGCGUGGAGGGGCUAACCUGUAAGGGAAAGGGUGUAAAUGUAAAGCUGUCUUUAAUGGGGGGUUCUUAACACUCUUGCUCUGCACACAAAUGAUGAACGUGCCAUUGUAUUAUAUGGGGUGUCCUGGAUCAGUGGAUCUUCUUACCUGGAGAUAGCACAGGGAUAUAAAACCGUGCAAAGCCUGGACGCUUAUUUAAGCGACACAUCGGCGUGUCGGACACGCUCUGAUCUCCGUGACUAACGACGUGAUUCUGCCGCUUUAAAACGCCGAUCCGAGCGCAAACUUUCGGCGUUCAGAUGCCGGUUCUCCUACCCCCUGUGCAGCUCUAGUCCCUCCCACCCAGCGUCAUGGGGCUCGGAUCUGCUCCCUCUCAGUCCAGCAUCGUCACACUUGGACUGGACGUUUGCGACGUGUGGAGCUGUAUCUAGUGAAAAAGCGAAAGCAAGUUACAGUUUAAUAUCAAUCUGUCGCCUAAGGGAAACGCAUGCGACCUCUUUGCGGAUUGCCGCAACCGCAGCCUUGCAAAAAAUUAGACAUCUUAAUACUGACAAAGAGUCAAACACCUGGAAAUCUGGGAAGCGUCGCAUCUCACACAGUGCAGCCGGGUGUUGGCUUUGGCCGUACGGGCCGUGCAGCCGGGCACACUUUGGUCUGUAUGGAGAAGUAACUCUGUCUCGGGAACUUGCUCCGGAGCCAUCGAGCGCCCACCGCCCCCUCAUCCGAAAACCAGGACGGGGCUGGAGCAUCGCGCAGCUGUCCGGAGUUCGCGGAUAUUUUGUGUUGGAAUGAACACUGCUGGGAUACGGGCGGCUUUCUGAACUUAAGUGAUGCUUUAUAAUGUCAGAUUUGCCUCACAAUCGGCGCCUCUAAUGUGAUCCGGACUCGGUACAUCAUCUGAAUUCAGUGAGCGUUUGCCGUCCACCUCCAGAGUCUUUGCAUUGCAGUAGAAAUCUUCCAGAGAUCUUUCUAGGGCUUGCGAUCUUUACACACAUCCCAACUUACUCGUUUUAUGGAGUGACAAUCGCCGAGAUUCUGCAGUCAUUGAUAAAUAGCUGGGCUGGAUAUUAACCGUGCAGAAGGCAGCUGUCAAAGCGCCGCUCUUCGAAUAAGCGGCUCCGCUGAUGAUCUCAGGGGAUUUUUUUACAUCCCAACACGCCUGGAAGCUGAAUCCGCAUGUCUGACUGGUACCAGCUCGGCUGAACACGUCCGGCUGUCCGCGAUCGGGGGUCCAAGGAGGGAGCGGAUAAUUGGGGAAGGUUUAGCGUUAUCUCUGCAUGGCCAUGGCGAUCUUCACCAGUUUUUGGAUAUUGUUGGUGGCCGCUAACCUAUCGGGUGGUCGUGCUCAGACUGUCCAGAUGGAUUCCACCAAGUCGGGCUUCGUGGGUGCCCAGGUAGAGCUGCGCUGCCUCUUCGUCAACAGCAACCCACCUGUGAAGAUCUCCCAGGUGACCUGGCAGAAGUUCGUCAACGGCACCAAGCAGAACGUGGCCAUUGCCAAUCCCACUAUGGGGGUGUCCGUGUUGGCACCUUUUAAGGAGCGGGUGGCAUUUAAGCAACCGGCAGUCCGCCACCGGACACCUUCGCUGGAGGAUACCACGAUCACCUUCUCGAACCUGCGCCUCUCAGACGAAGCAGCCUACAUCUGCGAGUACACGACCUUCCCGGCUGGUAAUCGAGAGAAUAUGGUCAACCUCACGGUUUUUGCUCAGCCGGUGACCCGCCUCACCCUGACCGCGCCCAUCAUAGUCGCCCGUCCGCAGAAGCACAGGAUGACAGUGGCCACCUGCGUGUCAGCCAAUGGGAAGCCUCCAAGCGUGAUCACCUGGGAGACGCGGCUGAAGGGAGAGGCCACCUUUCAGGAGACGCACAACGCCAACGGGACCGUCACGGUGCACAGCAGCUACACGGUGGUGCCCACUCGGGAUGCGCACAAGCAGAAGCUGACCUGCACGGUCACCUAUCGCAAGGAGAAGAUCACGGAGAGCGUGGUCCUCAAUGUGCAGUAUGAGCCUGAGGUGUUCAUUGAGGGCUUUGACGGGAACUGGUACCUGAACAGACAGAACGUGCAGCUGACGUGCAUGGCUGACGCUAACCCACCAGUCACUGUCUACCAGUGGAGGCUCCUGAACGGCUCCCUGCCCAACGUGGAGAUCCGCAACAAUUCGCUGUUCUUCAAGGGCCCCGUCACCUACGAUCUGGCCGGCACCUACGUGUGUGAUGCCACCAACAGCGUGGGGACACGCUCAGGCCAGGUGGAGGUCAACGUGACAGAAUACCCUAACAACCCGCCGCCUGGGGGGCGUGACAAUCCGCAAGAGCCCCAGAAUCCCGGCGCCGCCAUUGGUGGAGCGGUGGGGGGCGUGGCCCUGCUGGGCGUGGCCGCCGGCCUCCUGUUCGUCUUCCUGCGGCGCCGACAGCACACCUUCAAGGGCGACUAUAGCACGAAGAAGCACGCAUUUGGGAAUGGCUACAGCAAGGCCGGCGCUGGUGGGGCCCCCCCUCACCCGGCGCUGCCCAAAAGCCCACAGUACCCCGAUGACUCAGACGAUGAGAAAAAGCCCCCUCAGAUCGCGCCUGCCGCCUUUGAGGGGGGUGAACGCGACUCUGAGGACACCAAGCGGCCAUAUUUCACGGUGGAGGAGGCGGAGCGGCGAGAGUACGACGGGCGGACUCUCUCCUUCCAGUACGAGCCCGACGCCGAGAUCACCGAUGACAUGGUGUCCCAGACCGACGGCUCGGUCAUCUCCAAGAAGGAGUGGUACGUGUAGGGGCCCCUCCCUCGCUGACCACGCCCCCCAACGCCCCCACCCCGGCACACAUCCAUACGUCCCCAUAAAAAGAAUACGGAAUAAUCCGGAAUGCGCCUUCUCAGCCGUUUCCAGACGUCAGUGUGAUUCACAUCGUGGUAUUUUAACAAUGCUAUUAAACCAGUCAAUAAAGGUUCAUUCGUGGCCAGUGGCCGGUGACUUCGAUCUGCCAGGAAGCCUAGCUGCUUGAUAAUAAUAAUUGUGCAUAAUUUCUUUUGUCAUGUUAUUCUAAAUGUAUCAAUUGUGUAUGAAAAAGGGCAUUGCUGCACCCGUGGACUGACUUAUACACUGGAUGUAUGAUAUUUCCUCUUACUUCUGCAUUUGCUCGCCGGCGUUUCUCUCUCGUUUUGGCGAAGCCAUUGCUAACACCAAGGAGAAGCGGACCUUGAUGCCGCCAGGCCACCUGCAGUUAACCAAUCGAAUCAACCAAUCAAAGGAGCUUUUGCUGGACCUAUGGACCAAUCAGAAAGCGGCACUAAGCCACGUGCCUGACCCUCUCUGCCAGCAGCAGUUGCUCAAUCCAGAGUCUUGGAAAGCAGGACUGGUAGAUAAGUGUGCAAAGUGUCAAGCCUCUGGCAGGAAGGUUCCAGCUAACGGACUAGUGUCACCUUCACUGGCACGUACCGACACCUCACCACGCUUCUUGUGUCUUGAUGCCACAUGUCAUUUUCACGUCCCUGACUGCCAAACAUGGCGGAGUGGAUUUCCUGGCAUCCAAAAGUUGGCUCUCAUAAGGGUGGGGAAAUCUGUUUGGUGCCAAAAUGACGCACUGAAGUCCAGUCUCUUAAUCCGCAUGUUUCCACUACCCUCGUUCCUGCAAACCGCUGCCAGUCACACGCCUUCAAGAACUGAACGUUAUUUUGUCAUCAUGUGACAAUGAUGACACUUUGCUUUCAUCAGUUUUGCAUUUUAGCCAGUCUCUCUCCAUGCUAGUGGUUCAAAUUGAUGAAAACCAAAUGUAGAGAUGCUCAAUAUACCAAGAUACUGUAAAUGAAACAGGAGACUGAACUGGAAAGUGGGCGUGAAUUGCUUGACAAGUAAUAACCUUAAUGACAUCAGCGCCUUGGAAAAGCCCAAUCCUGGCCUCCACCUCACCCGUCUUUGAGAAAACCCAGUUGAAGACACGGAGUGGACAUGGAAUGCUAGCGUUUGUCAAGUACUGGGCUAUGCAUGCCGGACAAACUGAUAUACAAACAUCGCAGGGUGUUGAGCACCAACAUGACAUGUUUUCAGUUCUCUCCUUUUUUCGUGAAUACAUUUUUAAUUGUCUUUGAUGACUGUGAUGGCUCUGGGUAAAUGUGAGGAGCCUGCGAAUCCAUCUACCCUGCCUGACCGCUUUUCUUUUAAGCGUUUUGUGUCUCUGGGUGGUAGCUCUGUUGAAUGAUUAUGUAUGCAGUGCCAAUAACUCCCAUGUGUAGCAAGCUGGUCCUUAGUAGCAUCCAGUCUACAGUGUAAAGGAGUGAAGGAAAAGUGGUGAGGCUCAUCAGGAAUUCAGAAACAUGUCCACCUGGUACGAAAAAGCCUCGUGUUUGGGUGUAUACGUGCAGGCCUUGCUUCUCCCCCUCCUGCAUCGGAGUGUGUGUCUUUGUGUCUCUGCUAAAACGUGAGAGGCCUGCCAGCACUGGUACAGAGCCGGGUCUGUGCUCACGGACCGUGGGAAGGACUUUGUGCCGGGAUCUAAGGAGAGGAACCUCCGGAAGAGGACAAAUCUGUCGCUUAAGCUGACUGUUUUUUUUUUUUUUUCUCCCAGCCCCAAGUGAGACAUGAGUUACAUUUAUAACCUUGGGGUGUGAUGGAUGCUAUGUUGCAGCUGUUUGUCAUCUGUCUGGAUUAUUAUGUACCAGUGUCGUGGAGUCACAUAUGUUCCCUGUAAUUUAACAAGCACAAAGAUAACCACGAGAACUGUAGAGGCACAGAAAAGCUAUCUGUCUGUGAGUUCCAGCAUCCGUGUUCCCGUUCAUCUCCCACAGAUGCCUUUAUUUCCCUAAAUGAAGAUUUUACUGUAUCUGUCUCUGAGAAAGUAUUGAAUUGACUGGACGUACAGUUAUAAGUGGAGUUUGAGAUUUGAGGUUGUGCGUCACAGUGUUUACAUUGACAUACACAGAUAAUAAAAUGCUUUUGUGCACAUUAAGAUCCAUGAAAA